UACAGCUUAAGGCUGCCACUUCCGGUAUUCAUCCGCCGGGGUCGCUGUUCUCUGUUUACGUUUCAAUGACACAACCUCAUGGGGUAAAAUCCAACAUGGCCGCACAUAAGGAGGAACGCUUUCACAACUGUCACUUCAAAUGACAAACUAUCAUCGAGUUGUGGUUUUGUUUUUUUAUAAUUUGAGGUUCAGUCCGGUGUCGCGAUGUGGCUGCCGCUCAGCACAGUCUGUUUAAGAAGCCCGACGGUCCGCGGAAGGAGCGUCGUCGCUGCCCUUUUAAAAUGUUCAAGGCACAGGGCUAAUGCUAAUGUUUCUCUCUUCAGUCAUUCAGCUGGACUUCGAGCGCAGACAUGCACAGCUCUUCGCUACAGAAAACACGGGGACCCUUCUCAAGUCGUCCAGUUGGAGAAUGUAGAUCUGCCCCCCCUUGGUGCAAACGACGUUCUGGUAAAAAUGCUGGCAGCUCCAAUCAACCCAUCUGACAUCAACAUGAUUCAAGGUACUUAUGCAAUCCUGCCUGAUCUGCCAGCUGUUGGGGGCAAUGAGGGAGUUGCUCAGGUUGUUGAGGUGGGCAGCCAGGUGAAGUCCCUCAAAACAGGAGGCUGGGUCAUCCCAAAAGAUGCUGGUCUAGGGACAUGGAGGACAGAGGCAGUGCUAGCUGAGAACGAUGUCAUCUCACUGCCGAAUGACAUUCCCUUGCUGUCUGCUGCCACACUGGGGGUGAACCCCUGCACUGCCCUCAGGAUGCUCUCUGACUUUGAGGAUCUCAAACCAGGUGAUUCUGUGAUCCAGAACGCAGCCAACAGUGGAGUCGGGCAGGCUGUUAUACAGAUUGCUGCUGCCAGAGGAAUAAACAGUAUCAACGUCAUCAGAGACAGGCCGGAGUUCACACAGCUCAGUGAUAGGCUGAAGGCCAUCGGAGCAACUCAUGUGAUUAAAGAAGAGACACUGCGGCGACCUGAGAUUAAGGAACUUUUCAAGAUUUGUCCGAGGCCUAAACUGGCAUUGAAUGGAGUUGGAGGCAAGAGUGCAACGGAACUGCUCCGUCAUCUGCAGUCUGGAGGAUCUAUGGUGACAUAUGGAGGGAUGGCCAAACAGCCAGUUACCAUCCCUGUGAGCGCUCUCAUUUUCAAGGACGUGAAGGUUCGGGGAUUUUGGGUCACACAGUGGAAGAAAGAUCACUCAAAAGAUGAAAGGGCAUUUAGAAUAAUGCUGGAUGAGCUGUGCAACCUCAUCAAACAGGGGAAGCUCACAGCUCCCGCCUGCACCGAAGUGAGCCUCCAAGACUACGGCAAAGCUCUGGACGCAGCCAUGCAGCCUUUCACUUCCGCUAAACAGGUCCUGAUCAUGUGAAUGCACUCAUCGACUAAUCACUACGCUGUCAUGACCCAAGUGUACAAACUUUAAUAAAUGUGUCUUCACCGCUGGCUCAAAGUCCAGCACAUGUCACGUUAUGAGUUAUGAGUUCACUGACAGUAAUUAAAGGCUCAUUAAAUCUUUAUAUAACGAUAUGGGAUAGCUGGAAGUCAUUUAGAACCCAGAUAAUGCAGCUUUAUCUGAAAUCUUUAGUAACAGAUUGAAUUGUUCCUGUUAAGUUAUAUGAGUGCAAUCGAUGUGAAUCAACAGAUUUACUGUUGCGAUAAAACUGGUAUUCACAGUGCAUUUAUUCUUGCUGUUAAAAUAGCAUUCAGCUAAUAAACGACUGCUUUAGA